AUGGCUGGCGAGUAGGUUUGAGAAAACUGCCAAGUUUGCCAACGCAUGAUUGUUGUAUGGUGUAGUUUUAAAAAAUGUCGUUUUCAGAUUUAUAUGCUAAAUAUAAUUGUACAUACUGCCAAGAAGAAAUAAGCGGAGUGCGUGUAAGAUGUGCCGAAUGUAAAGAUUUUGAUAUUUGUUUGCAGUGUUUUUCACUAGGUGCUGAAAUUGGGUCGCACAAAAAUGAUCAUUCCUAUCAAUUCAUGGACUCUGGGGCGUUUGGGAUAUUCUUAGGUCGUAAUAGUUGGUCGGCUAAUGAAGAAGUUAGACUUUUAGAUGCGAUUGAACAGUUUGGUUUUGGAAACUGGGAAGAUAUAGCAAAGCACAUAGAAACAAGAACACCAGAAGAAGCCAAAGAUGAAUACAUAACUAGAUAUUUAGAGGGUAGCAUAGGACGUGCAACCUGGGGUAAUGUAGAAAGCACAAGUAGACCAUCGUUAAGCUGUGCGGAUAGAGAUGAAGGACCCCUUAGCCCAAAUGCUGUGUCAAGACUUCCACCUCUAGCUGUAACCCCCGAUGAAGCUGCUCAAUUGGGUUACAUUAGCAACAGAGAUGAUUUUGAAAGGGAACAUGACCAUGAUGCAGAGCAAUUAAUAUCUACAUUAUCCCUUAACCCUGAGGAUGAUGAAUUAGAUGUUGCACUGAAGUUAUCUCAAGUAGACAUAUACACACGAAGGUUGCGUGAAAGAACAAGGAGAAAAAGACUAGUCCGAGAUUAUCAAUUAGUUUCAGUAUUUUUCAAUAAUCAGAGGAAUAAACAGAAAACCCUCGGGAAACUCGCCAAAGAAAAAAAAGAGUUCAUGGAGCGGCUGCGCUGGACGGCGCAGUUCUACGGGCGGCUGGAGCAGUCGGGUGUGGCGCUGGGCCUGUGGCGCGAGCGCGAGCUGCGCGUGCGCCUGGCCGAGCUGCACCGCUACCGCCUGGCCGGCGUCACGCGCCUCGAGGAGUGCGCGCACUACGAGCAGCACGCCGCGCACCGCAAGCACCCGCACCACGACGUGAGACUGGCGCUGGGCAGCAGUGGGUGCCUGGACACACAGCAGACAAAAGAACAACCGCAGAACAACACACUGCAGCUAAGAAAAAGAGACGUAGACAGCGGCUCAAGUUCCACAAGCCCAAAGUGCACACGGGACGGAAGUACCGUAUGUGGAUGCUCCAAAAAGAACUCAUGCAACGCCGCAUGCUCGACUCAUCUGCUGACCACUAACGAGAUACAGCUCUGCACCGCAUUAAACCUGCCCCCGACGCAGUACGUGACGAUGAAGGGCGUGCUGCUGCGCCGUGCCCCGGCGCACGACUGCGAGCUGGACCUCGCCGUACGACACUACCUGCACACCGCCGGCUGGGUGCGCCACUAGCCGCGGGUACACUAGGUAACUUGGGAAUAUUCUUGUCAGCUAAAUAGAAAAACCCACAUAUGUUUAUAUUAUUCGCUUGAAAGGGUUAUAAUUACCUGAAAAUUAAAUAAAACAUAUUCUUUAUAGUAACAUUCAACUGGGUGAUAAAUAUUUUAAAAUUAUAGAUAUAUCAAUUAUUUAUUGUUUAAGUUCAGAUAUGAUAGAAGUUAACGCUUGUAUUAGUCAUGAGUUCUAAUAAGUGUUACCGGCUGGGGUGUGUAUGGUAUGGUUUCAGUAUGGAUGUUUAGCUAAAAUAUAUUGGAUAAACAAUUCGGUAAAUAUAAUAUUGACAUUGUAAUUCGUGUAAAAAUAAGUAAGAUUAAAUGCUAUUAUGCUUAAAUAUUAUGAAGUUAAAAAGAGUUGAUAAAUAAAUAUAUAAAUAAAUGUUAUGUAGUAAUUAUUCAUCAUUCUAUUGGUUUUCAUUUAGUGAGAAUUUAGUUUAAUGGUUAUAUAGAAACUUAGAUGCACGACUCUUUUUUAAAAAAAAUAAGAAGGUUAAUAAAUUUAAAAAAUAUUAAAAGCAAUAAAACUCAUUAGUAAAUA